GAGGAUGCCGAGGACAGAAGCAUCUUCCAGAGACGUCUUGGACAUCGUGUUGAAGACCGAGAUCAGCACGGCUCCUCUUUCUCACGAAGUUCUGUCAACACGCAGGGAGUCAUGUGGAGGAUCGUCCUGACGGUCAGUCUGCUCUGCUGGAGCGCUGAUGGACAGGUGACCUGCAGAAACCACAGCGGUGGAGCAGUGGACUGGUACAUCAUGUACAAGGCCCCCAAACUGAAGAACAUUGGAACUAAGGGUCUGGAAUAUCUUUACAUUGAUUCAGAUGGGAAGAUGGAGACCUCUAAAAAUCACAAUAAGCUCAUCAAUAAUACUGACGGUGUCCUGGGACACACCCUGAAGCCCCUUUUUGAACCAACCACAUCAAUGCCAGAAGACUUUGGAUUCAUCACCUACAGCGAUCAAGCUCCAGGAUGUAAUGCUGCUGAUACGUUUGGCCACAGUAAAGGACUUGUGAUGAUGAAUAAAACCAGUACAGGAGUCUGGCUCCUACACAGCCUACCACAGUUCCCUUUCCUGAGAGAUCAAAACCGGUUCUACCCAUCCAGCGGAGAAAAGUAUGCUCAGACCUUCAUCUGUGUAACAUUCAAGUAUGCCGAGUUCAAAAAGAUAGGUGAACACCUGCUGAACAUCGCAGCGUUCCCGUUUGAUCAUAAUAUUCCAGCUGACUUCCAUAAAGAGCUCAUUGAUGUUACAGAGAGGACAACAGCACCACAAGGGAGGGUGCAGGACCUGAAAUCAGCAGCAGGAGUAUCGUUUCGCAGCAUCGCUAAAACAAAAUAUAAACCAAAACCUACUGGAGGCGGAAGAUCAAAGGGUCAAACAACCAAAUCCCCCCCCACAGCCAAAGGUGGACCUUCUGCAGCUAAGCAGAAGAAACUUAGCGACCCAAACCGAUUUGAAGGAGAUCUUUACCUCACCAUCGCAAAGGAAUACAAGACCGAUGUGAGGGUCCAGACCUGGGGCUGCCAGAGAGACCGUGAUGGUUCCUACUGCGAGAAAAAUCAACGGCAUGUGAUCAACAUUAAUGAAGUAAAAGCCAAUCUGGGUGGCGGGGAGGUCAGGUGGAACACUACAAAAGAUCAUUCCAAGUGGUGUAUAUCUGGGGAGAAGUCUAAGAUUGACGAUCUGAUCUGCAUCGCUGAUGUGAACAGAGGACUCACACAGUACGAACGGCCGGGGGGGGCGCUGUGCUUUAUCCAUAAAGAGGCAAGUCUACUGUUUAAAGGUGUCAUUGCUGAUCUGGACAACUGCCCAAGUUCAUCCUCGGGCGCUGGAUCUAAGCGUCCCCGUUCCCCUGACACUGACUGUGUCCCUGACUGUGACCCUGACUGUGACCCUGACUGUGGAGAUGAUGACCCUGACUGUACCGAUAAAGCAUAAAUUAACUAUGGUUGUUACACACCCAGGGACACACACUAUGCUUGUUACACACCCAGGGACACACACUAUGCUUGUUACACACCCAAGGACACAGGGACACACACUAUGCUGGUUUCACACCCAGGGGACACACUAUGCUUGUUACACACCCAGGGACACACACUAUGUUGGUUACACACCCAGGGACACACACACUAUGCUGUUA